AUGAGCUUGCGGUCAAUACUGGGCGGUGGCCGAGUAAAAAAGCCCAAACCAAAGCCGAAAUCGUCAGCUUCGCCACGGAAGAACAGCGGGACAGGUAGCCCCCGCCAGUCCGGCGGUGGCAGCGCUAAGCAGAAGACCGCUACUCCAUCAGCCGCCCAAGGUGACGAUUGCUACGACGACGACUUUUUCCAUGACAGGCUCGAAGAUGCAGGGCUCGUCGCGGCGCUGGCGACGGACAUGUCGCUGCGCGAUGUCGUGCAGGCCAUCAAGUACACCCGCAGCCGCAUGUUCGGCCCCGUUCCCAUGGAGGCGACCGGCAUGAACUCCACGCGCACCGCCGAGGUGCUCAAUUACCGCAGAGCCAUGCCCGGCAUAGUGACAAUAUCACACCUCCAUGCGCUCCUAAUUUCGCCAACGGCUGUGGAGCGCGAGAUCGCAGAGUUGCAGCGCGGCGGAGUGGUUCGCAAGAUCUACGUGCAACGUCGCGGCGGCCUAGGCGAAGCCCUUAUCCAGACCUCCGAACUGGAGGAGAUGAUCUCGCACUCUGCAGAGCUAGACGACGACGCAAAAACCGCCUUUGCGACGUUUCUGAGAGAGAACCCCCUGGCUCAGACGAUGCCACGCCUGGCUUGCGGCGGCCACAGACACGCCGACGCCCUGGUGCGGGCCGGCUUUCUGACGGCCAGUAUACACCCGCAGCACGUAAACACACCGUUGAUGAACUUGCACUUGCGUCCCGAAGACCGCGGCAGCUUGAUGAGCAUCCAGGCUGUCUCCCGCGCAGCGUCCGGAAGCUUCGACGCCGUGGGCGGGCAAGGGGCAAUACACGCCGCGGGUGGUGGGGGAGGAGCGCCGAGUUUAUCCCGCGCUGACGCGUCAUCUUCGGGCGCCGAAUUUACCAUCGCGGUGCCCGGGAACGGGUCUUUUCUAAAACUAACCGCCGCCGCCGUGCAGCACCUCACCCAGCUGCUGUCCAAGUCGCAAUUUAGGGAGAUGCCCGUAUCUAUGCUGAGGGAGCGAUGGGAGGGUGGCGUAGCCCGAGACGAGGCACGCCUGGCAAGGAGGGCCAGGGGAGAAUUCGCUGGUGUGCUGCCGGGGAGAACCAAAAGAUGGAAGGAAUUUCACGGCUUGGAGUUCAACUGGGUGUUGGAGGAGGCUAUGGGCACCGGUCUUUUGGAAGUCUUUGAGACACGGAGCGUAGGCAGGGGAGUCCGCCUGCUAUGA